GUGUGCGUGUUGUACUUCGCGAAAAGCGUUGAGCUGGCAGGUGUGAAGGAAGAGAAGACUGUUGCCGUGCCAACACCAAUCAGCAGCCACAACCUUUGGAAGCUGUUGCUACAGCGGCACCCAAGACUGUGCGAGCUGCAGGACGGCGUCGUGUUGGCAGUGCGUCAGGAGUACGUUCCCAUCGGCGACCAGGUGCUGACUCUGGGAGACGGAGACGAAGUCGCCGUAGUGCCGCCGCUCAGCGGGGGCUAAGAGACUUGAGACUAUGUCGAAGGAGCUGAGCGAUGUCUUCAAGCUGAGCCGUGAUUGGCUGUCUGUGCAGGAAGUGGUCGACUCUGUCAGCAGCCCUUCGUGUGGAGCCAUUUCAGUAUUUAUAGGUACCACCCGCGAGGACGAGGCAGACGGCAGGAAGGUGGUUGGACUGGAGUACGAGGCAUAUGAGCCCAUGGCCCAAUCAGAGUUCAACAAGCUGUGUGCUGACAUCAGAGCGCGCUGGCAAAGCGUGACACACAUCUGCGUCCACCACAGGCUCGGGUGGGUGAAGGUGGGCGAAACCAGUGUUGUCAUGGCGAUCUCAUCUCCUCACCGCCAUGACGGCCAGCAGGCGAUCCAGCACUGCAUCAGCCAGCUGAAGGCUAAUGUCCCCAUUUGGAAGAAGGAAUUUUAUGACACGCAGGAGGUGAACUGGAAGGAGAACGCUGAGUGUUCGUGGUCCAAUCAGAAGAAACCGCCAGAAAACACAUUGUCUGAGGGAAAACCUAAAUAAAAAAAAUGUGAUAAAACACAGAUACUUGUGGUGGGCGGAGCCAUAAUUAUAUGUUUAGAUCAUUUGAGUUUAACUCUAAUUCUCUUCAUUUAAAACACAAUAUUUCAAAAAAACUAAUGAUCAUGUAAAGCUUAAAAUGUUUUAAAUUUGUAUUUUUGUAUUGACUGAGUCUGACGGUCACAUAGAUUUUUUUCCCCUAAGAUACUAAAUGUACGAAUGCUGUAAAAUCUUCCAAAAUGAACUAAAAACCAUCAUCAGAACAUGAAGAAAAAACUGCUGUAAAACUUAGUGUCCAAAAUAUCUGUGUUAUCUUGAAGGUAAAGCAUGUCUGUGCUGUCAUUUGGUGUGAUACCAAUUUAUACCACAAGGUGGAGCAGUGAUUAAGGUUAAAUCUGUGUAACCUUGAGUGAACCACGUGAGUUAUUAGAUUAUAUUCGUAUCUACAGUGGAAGGCUGGGAAAAGUAAAUCUUGGGGAGAUGGAGGAUCUGAAGAUGUAAUAAAGGUUAAAAAAAAAAAAGCAGUACGCACACCUGCUGAUAAAAUGCUGCCCUCUGGUGGUAAAAAAUUUCAAUCUGAACUUUGCAGUUAAGAUUAAACUGAAAAGCAUCAUCUUCCUCUGGAUGAAGGCAAGCACACAGGUUGAAAGAUUUCUCUGUAGUCCACAGGAGGAGGGUCAGUCUGGUGUAUUGGUGUUCCAGCAGGAAGCAGGGCGUCUGGUUCACGCACAAAAUAUGAACCAAGAAUUCCUGCGAGUGGUGAACGUGAACUAGAGAGAGGACAAAAGGCUGAAAAUCUGAUAAGAUGUGAACUGCUGUGCCUUGAGGUGAAGAUUUGUUCCUGUCAGUUUGCUGAUUAAUCUGAAGAUGUUUCCUGUCCUCGUUAUCGGGCGUCAAACAGACGCGACGCAGGCUUCGUAAAAACAUUUUACAAAUACUCACGUGUGACGUGAAUGAUUGAAUUUAUCGUAGAUUAAUUGGUUUCUCAAACAAAAAGCGUAAAAAUGACCUGAUAUCAGUCGUCACCUCUGAAACCAAGAGACCAUAAAGACAGUAGAAGGUCUGAAUGUUUGACUCAGCAAGGGAAAUAUUAAUUGUGGCAAGUUUAAAAGAACCAUUCUUGUGCCUGCAGGCACUCCUGCAGUGAGAUAAGAUCAUGAUGGCUAAGAGGCGGAAGGUAUCUGCAUGUGAAUCAUGUUUGCGAUUGUGUCAAACAAUAAAAUCUCCUGUAAAACCAACGACGUCAUCCAAGAAGCUUAAGAAAUCUAGAGCACGUGGUCACCAGAGAUAAAAACAAAAGGACAUGAAGUAAAGCGUGUAACAGUGAAGCAGAUAAUAAAUCUGCACAACAGCUGUAGCUCACACUCUGGCAGCACACCAGCUGCAUUUUACCACAGUGGAGCAAUUUUUAUGAUAUUUAUAAAUACAGGAAAAACAAAUUGAAACCUCAGUCAGAAUCAUGGUAAGAGCUCGAGUUCCAGGGAAGAAAAAAAGCUCUUAAGAUGUUAUUUUUGGACAGAAUAUUACAUUUGUGUAUUCAGUUAUGUCCAAUUCAGUUUAUUUUAAUACCGCCAUGAUAAGUGCCCAGAGGUGUUUCAAGAGGGUUAAUCUGUCUUCUACUGGGGGUAACUAUGUCACUGUGUUACGUUCCAGAUCAUGUUAAACUGAUGCUUGUGUUUCCUUUAUGUGAGUAGAGACGUUUGUUCCACAACAAAAUGCAGGAAAUAUAAAUUAGGGAUUACAAUUUCAGCAGAAAGCAGGAGAUAACAUUUCUGUGUCUUUAAAUUUUUAUGUUUCCUCAAACGAAACCUGAUCUCUACCCUUCAGUGAUUCACUCUUUCCUUCACUGGCUGUGUGUGAAAACUAGUAGACAUUCGAGUUACCUGCUCAGGUGAUCAAACUCAACAGGCUCUGAACCUGUUGAGUCACCUGAUGAAGGUGAAACUAGACUUCUUCUUCUUUUUUUCUUUUUUUUAAGAAAUGGUUUCCAUAGGUCAUCGCCUCUCAUUUCACCCAUUGCUAAAUGGGUGAGGAAAAUGAAACAAGCAUUGGGUUGCUGUAACUAACCUGAUCCAUUAAUACAUGCCUGCUUCUCACGGGAGCCUUUACGUUGACCGUUAAAUGAUCGUGCACCUUUUAUCUAAACUCUUUUUCUUAACAUGUUCAGAGGAUAACAUGCCCCAUAUGAAUGAUGUAUAAAACGAUUCAGCAAUAAAUUAGAUGUUUCUGAAGCAAACAGUGGACAAUGUUUGGAUUUAGUUAUUUCUGUUAAGUUAUAGAGAUAGAAAUUAAACAGAACAACAAUAUGAAACCAUUAUAAUAAAUAAU